UCCAUGGCCCCUCUCUAAUCUGGCUUGCCCGUGAUCCGAUCUGUCCGUGCUCUCGGUGGAUCUCGGUCCUCGCACGGUGGAUCUCGCCGUUGACUGGUGCUUUGUUUGUCUUCUUGUGAUGCGUUUCGUCGCCGAGGCGCUGCCCGGGUGGAGACGCGGAACGGCCUGUUGUUCUCCGCGAGCGAGCGCUCGUGGGCCGGGCGAGGAAUCUAAUCUUCCUUUUGCUUUGUCUCGCUAGUGUAUCGAAUUUGCCCCCUUGUGUUGAGUUCGUAUGUGGUGGAUGGAUGGAUGGAUGGAGUGAGGUGGACUCGAUCUCUGGCACGGAUCAAAAAGAUAAUGCAAGCAGAUGAGGAUGUUGGCAAAAUUGCAUUGGCUGUGCCUGUUUUAGUGUCGAGAGCCCUUGAAUUGUUUCUGCAAGAUUUGAUCGACCGCUCAUACAAAAUUACUCUUCAAAGCGGUGCAAAGACACUGAAUUCCUUCCACCUAAAGCAAUGUGUGAAGAGGUACAGCUCUUUUGACUUCCUAACUGAGAUUGUCAACAAGGUGCCAGAUCUCGGUGGCGGUGAAUCUUGUGGAGAUGAAAGAGGAUUACCCAGAAGAAGGAAAUUUUCAAAUGGAAGUGACCCAGAGAAUGAGGAGCCCCGAUCUAGCAAAAUGCCCAUAAGAAACUUGAACACUAGUCCCAGAGGACGAGGCAGAGGUCGAGGAAGAGGGCGAGGGCGGCCUCCAACCAAGAGAAAGGAAAUUGGUUAUGUACAGUUUGAGGAUGAGAGCAGCAUGUUUGCUGAACAAAGUGAACCCUUGCCAGGAGAUGAGAUAGUUCCAGAGACCAAUCGUGGCAAUGAGAGUAUUCCCCAAAGCUCACAUCCUGUAGCGGAGGCUCCAUCAGCUGCGACGCCAGCUGUGACUUCAAAGGUUGAAGAAGCUAGCACCAACCAUCAGCCGGAUUGGCCUAUGCCAGAUGCCAUUGGAGGCAUUGGUGUUGGACCAUCCAGUUUUGGACAUCUGACGGUGCAGGUUGAUGAGGAAGAGGACUACGAUAAUGAGGAUUAGGCAGGCAUUCUCUCAUUCAUCAUAUGCUCUAACAGGACAGUUCUCCUGGUGUUGUACAUUGUAAAUAUUGUUUCAAGUAGUUACCGCAGCUAUGAUGUAUAACCUAUUUCUUUUUCCCAAUAAUUGGUUCUUAGUUGCCUCGCAUUGUUGACUUAACUGACUAGGAUGUGGUAAAUUUAACCCUGUAUUUGACGGUUGAAGCAGUAAUAUUCUGUCGUCCUGUUACAUUGUA